CCAUACAUCUCCAACACAUUUCAUAUUUCAUUUCAUUUCAAACUUUACUUCAUGUCCAUGUUUUCAUGAUUCUCAUGUCUGACAAUCCUUGACUUGAAUACUUGGCCUCAUAUAUUGUAUUGCAAACAUGGAUGAACGAAGAGCUUCUGUCGCUUCGGACGAUACUUUUGUUGAUCUUCAACAACUAGAUCCUUCACCUAUUGAUUCCCCGCCUGACUGGGAUGAAAAACUACCUCAAUUACCUUCUCAUGCCUCGUUUGGGAGAUCCUCAACCUUGGGACUUAGUGGUUCCGGCCAUGGUGCUGUAUAUUACCGUGAGUCCCGUCUAUCAUGAAUUUAUGCAAAGUAAAGGUAAAGUAUAGGUAUACGGUAAACUGAUGUGAUAUAGUCACACGUAUCCAACGUUACUCUUCCUAUGCUUUCUCGGUUUUUAGCGCUAUGCAUAUCACGAAUACCUCUUUGAUACCCCUGAUUACCCGUUCCGUAUCUGCUUCUGAAAAGUAUCUGCUACUCACUCGCCCAUACUAUCGUGAGUACCCUGAACUUACUUACUUUUUCUUAACUUUUCUGACAAGACUUCUAUUACUCCUCCUCCCAUGCCGUCCAUUGCCCCACUGACCCGGCAGUAGAAUCCUUCCCCCUGGAGCCCCUUAUCAUUGGUCUUCCCCUCGCCGCCCAUAUAACUUCCGGUAUCGCGUUACGCCUCUACCGCCGCCGCGUUACUGAAAGACGUUACUCCUCGUAUCAACCCACCAGUUCUCUUUCAUAUUUUUCCUUCUUCUCGCCUAAGUUCUGGCCCCCAGUCUCAUUCACCUCUAUUUCGGGCUAUAUUCUCACCCCCAUUGUAGCUUCUCACAUGUUUGUUAACCGAGUCAUCCCCUUAAUCCACGAGGGAGGAUCAUCUGGUGUUGGUUUAGGUUAUGUUUCCCAUGGCUUUGCCCUACAUCCUGCGAUUUCGUGGACGACGUAUGUAGCUUUAGUAGGGAUUGGUGCGAGUCACAUGGUUUGGGGAGCUGCAAAGUGGUUAGGGCUACUACCCAGGGGUACUGAGAAGGAAAGAAGAAGGAUAUGGUGGAGUCUCAAUGGUAUUGUUGGUCUCGUGGGCGCUGUCUGGUUUGCCGGUGGAUUAGGCGUUGUUGCGCGAGGCGGCGCGGAAACAGGAUGGGUUGGUUCCGGGUAUGAUGCUCUUUAUCAAAAAGUGCCAUUAUUAGCAUAAAACCGGAGUGAAAGUUGGUCGGGAUUUUGGUCGGGAUUUUGGUCAAGAUUUUGAUUUAGGCUGCACAUCGAGGUGUUUGAUUUGAGCGUUGAGGAUGAUAUUGAACGGGCAGGUAAAUGAACGCGCUUCAUAACAAACCGACCUCUAGCAUCAUGUAUAUACCACUUGCCACUGUAUUUCAAACAGUUACGAUAAAUAACACUAGCACAGUAGAAUAGAGGUGCUCAAAAUAAUGCAAAGUCUUCACAAUUGUCC